UGGGUUGUCACAUGAAAAUCUGAAUGGUGUCUGGUUCUCCUGAAAACCAAUAUCAAAUUACCCUGGUCCACAAGAGUAUAUUAUAUUAUAUAAUUAUUUAUGAGUCAAUUAAAGCUAGACCAUUAUGGAAAACCUGGAAGAAUUGGAUGGUCAAUUCAUCGUGGUAUAGGAUUCCUUAGUAAUGCGCACCCAUGAUCCCACCUGUGAGAUCUGGAGAGUCAACUCAGAUUUGAUUGAUCUGCAUAAACUAUUUUCAUUUAUUAUGAAAAUCCUUAACAGUUCAGACUAUCUAUCACGAGAUUUCGUGCCAGAAAGAUAUGCUAAUCAACUUGAUUCUACCAAUAAUUUAGUUUAUUAUCAUCAAGCAUUAAUUUAUUUACAUCAUGGACAAUUUGAACAAGCUGAAAAUCGAAUCAAUCUAAUUAUAAACAUAAAACAAUCACCAUCAUUUAUCAUUAAUCAAUUACAAUCAAUAUGUUUAUUAGAUCCAAGUUUAUGGUUAUUAAAAUCAAUCAUUAAAUUGAUGAAAUAUAAAUCGAAUGAUUAUUCUGAUUCUAUAUUGAAUGAAGCAUUAGAUGAUGCCUGUUAUGCGGAACAAUUAAUAGUACCGAAAUUAAUGAAUGAAUUAACUAGUUGGCCACAUUUACAUUAUACUAAAGGACAAAUAUUAUAUAAAUUAAAAGAUUAUAUAAAAGCUGAUGAAGAAUUUACAAAAGCUCUCAGUUUAUUACCAUCCAAUAAGUAUAUCUAUCAAAUACGUUGUAAAUGUCGUGAAGAAAUGUAUCGUACCGGUUUGAGUAACUCAUAUGAAAAUGCAUUAAUUGAUUAUCGUUUAUCACUUUUGGCUAAUGAUGUAACUAACCAAUAACAUCUAUGUAUACACAAAUAUAAUUUACACUUCAUUUAUAUAGACUAAUAUAACUUAUAUAUUUGUUCA